AAUAUGGCGGUUGUCAGCCAGACAAAGACAGUCAGUCUGAUGUGAUUGAGACAAGGGAGGUUUUCAGGGGGAGACUGGGAGAUAGGGGCCUCCCCUCCCCCCUCGGCUCUUCCUGCGCGGGCCUGGAGCCCUCCUCAGCCCCUCCCGCAGGGUGCCCCGCGGUGAAGAUCCCCUCCCCCUCCUGCCUUCCUCCUCCCUCCCUCAGCCUUGCAUUGGGACGCUGGGGAGGGGGCUGAGCCGGGUGCAGAGAACUCUCAGCUGGAUUUUCGAGAAUGGUAAAUAAGGCUGGCCAUCUUUGGAAAGGCCAUUGAUCUGCCUCAUGUAAAGUAUGCUCAGCUCCUUUCCAGUGGUUUUGCUGGAAACCAUGUCUCACUAUACAGAUGAACCCAGAUUUACCAUAGAACAGAUAGAUCUGCUCCAACGUCUUCGGCGUACCGGAAUGACCAAACAUGAAAUUCUUCAUGCAUUAGAAACUUUGGACCGUCUUGAUCAAGAGCAUAGUGAUAAGUUUGGAAGGAGAUCCAGCUAUGGGGGAAGCUCGUAUGGGAACAGUACCAACAAUGUUCAAGCAUCCUCCUCUACAGCCACAGCUUCCACGCAGACCCAGCACUCGGGAAUGUCCCCAUCACCCAGCAACAGUUAUGAUACCUCCCCACUGCCUUGCACUACCAAUCAAAAUGGGAGGGAGAACAAUGAUCGAUUGUCCACAUCCAAUGGGAAGAUGUCACCAUCUCGCUACCAUGGAAACAGCAUGGGUCAGAGGUCGUAUAGCUUUGAAGCCUCAGAAGAGGACCUAGAUGUAGAUGAUAAAGUGGAGGAAUUAAUGAGGAGGGACAGCAGUGUGAUAAAAGAGGAAAUCAAAGCCUUUCUUGCCAAUCGGAGGAUUUCCCAAGCAGUUGUUGCACAGGUAACAGGGAUCAGUCAGAGUCGAAUCUCUCACUGGCUGCUGCAGCAGGGAUCAGAUUUGAGUGAGCAGAAGAAAAGAGCAUUCUACCGCUGGUAUCAACUUGAGAAGACAAACCCUGGGGCUACGUUAAGUAUGAGACCUGCCCCCAUUCCAAUAGAGGACCCUGAAUGGAGACAAACACCUCCCCCAGUCUCCGCCACACCUGGAACCUUCCGGCUUCGAAGAGGGAGUAGAUUUACCUGGAGAAAGGAGUGCCUAGCUGUCAUGGAAAGUUACUUCAAUGAGAACCAGUACCCAGAUGAAGCAAAGCGAGAGGAGAUCGCCAACGCUUGCAAUGCAGUCAUCCAGAAACCAGGCAAAAAGCUGUCUGACCUGGAACGAGUUACCUCUCUGAAAGUAUAUAAUUGGUUCGCUAAUCGACGGAAGGAGAUCAAGAGGAGAGCCAAUAUCGCAGCAAUCCUGGAGAGUCAUGGGAUAGAUGUACAGAGUCCAGGAGGCCACUCCAACAGUGACGACGUGGACGGGAACGACUACUCCGAGCAGGAUGACAGCACCAGCCAUAGUGACCACCAAGAUCCCAUCUCGUUAGCUGUGGAGAUGGCCGCCGUCAACCACACUAUCUUGGCAUUGGCCCGGCAGGGAGCCAAUGAAAUCAAGACAGAGGCCCUGGAUGAUGACUGAUCAGGGAGUUAAACAGUUAACUUAGUUUAGACGUAGCACCUUAGCAGACUUUCCUCGGUCCUUAACAUGUGUUCUUACAGUAUAACUUACAGUUUCUUGUAUGUCAGGUAGCCAUUAGGGUCUUGUUCUGUGAAGAUGGCAUGGUGCCCUCAGCCUUUGCAUAUACUCUCUCAGUAUUAAAAUUCCAGUAAGUAAGAAGCAAACAAACAAACUUCCCUCUCCCAGCCCCUGAGGCUAAAAAAAAAAUCUAGCUGCUCCGUCUUAGCAUUCCAAGAAAGUGCUUCCAGGUAUUUAGAUAACCCUCAGUUCUCAAAUAUUAGGCUCUGUGUAAAAUCUUGGGUACCUUUAGAUUCAUGUAACACUAGGCUGUACCCCGUCCCUGCCCUAAGACUGAUUGGACGCAAGCUGAGGUAGUGGCACAGGGCCGACAGACACCAUCUGGGAAGCAUCCGUGGAGUGGAGCACAAGGGACACUAAAGCCCCGCCUCGGCGUGAGACUCACUGAUUCAGCUGCAAUAAGCCGUGCCUCCCAGUCACAGUGUGGCCAGGCUUUACUUCUCUGGGUGCUGUGUUAAGAAUGUCAUUGGAAUCCCAAGCUCAGAUCUUGGUUAAUGCUAACAUGCCCGACACAGACAUCCUUCUCUCUUACAAGUUGCGUGACCUAGUAGAUAAUAUACUGCCUUCUGCCUUUGGGACCACGAUUCUAAAACAAAAAGGACAAAAACCAAGUUCUGAAAAGCAAAGCCCAGCUUGAGAGCCAUAGGGCAAAGCAUGAGCUGAAUGUCGGAUGGAUGCUGAGCCCAGUCCUCAGAGCCGCUAUACAUUCCACAGCUCGUACCGGCACCUGCCUGGGAAAGUGCAGGAGUUACCUUGGAAGUUGCUUUGCCUCCUGUUGGGGCCCCCUCCCUGCUACCAAAAAGGAUAGUGCUGAGGUCCAGAGUGAGUGAAAAAGCAGGCUUUGUACCCGUCACCUGAAGCCCACCCAGAGUUGCUAGGACUCUGCAGGGGACUGUGGCAACUUGACUGUCACAGGUGGAGAUCCUUGCCUAGCUAGGGGCAGGGAACGCAGGGGACAUUACCACCUAUAUCAUGAGCGUGUGGGACAGCAGGGUGUCUGCUGUGUUCCCGUUACCUGUCCUUGUGGAGGUGUAAAAGCUAUAUUGCUACAGGCAAUUUAUUUAAUAAUUGGAAGCCAUAUUGAUAAUGGAUGUGGUAAUAUUUGUAGUUUAAUCUACUUUAAGCGGCAGUAACUAAUGGAAUUUUUUCCUUGAUCACAUAUGUAGCACUUUUGUUACUUUUUAAAGAUAUUUAUAUUUGAUAAAUCUUUUUUUCAUUUUGAGAACUCAAAAUACCAAACAGUGAACUUGCGUUAUAAAGUCACCCUGUGGUCACCUUGUCAUCUAGUAGCAAAGUGAUGAACUAUUCAUGCAUCAAAGAAAAUUACAUCUGCUGGCCUUGUGUGAAAAUGAUCUCCUGGAGCCCUGAUUAAAUAGCACACUGUCACUGUGGGUGAGAAGAAACAGCCUUCAGUGAAUUGGUGCAGUGUGUGCUGAGAGAGGCUGAUCGUUUUCUGCCUCCUCCCAUCUCCACUCUGUUGUGUCUGAAGAAGCCUUGCUUAGAGGGCAGUGUGGAGUGGGUCUUUGAGCAGGCUUCCAUCUGUUUGUCCAUUGCCUGAACCAAUCUCUAAAAUAGAAAGUAGGUGCCAUCUCCUCACCCCCUUCUUCCUCACCAAGUGUGUUCAACUUCAUAACUGUUAUGAGAGUCCACGCUGACCCUCCUCACUUUCCCCUGUGUGCUGGCCCGAGCCUCUGUAUCCACAGUGUUUAGCUGGUUUUACUGGGGCACACUUUGUCUGGAUUAUCCCUUAGGUAUAAGUCUUGGUUACAGGAAUGUGAGGAGUCAAGUCGUUAUUGAGGAGCUGAGGAUGCUACCCCACCUAUGUCUGCAACUUUGAAGAGCGCUAGGUAGGGCUUGGCCCUGCUCCUAUCAGUAGACUUCGGGGGGGGAAAUGCCUGCAUUUUUCCCAGCUCUGAGAACUGAAGUAAAAUGGAGCCAUCUUCUCUUACUGUAUUACUUGAACCCACAAAUUUAAGAAUAGCAUUUCUUAUUCUCAGGAACGAACCCCCCACACCUAUAGAAUCUUGCAUGGUUUAUUUGAUUUUUGUUUGUUUGUUUCACUUAGGAGGUUGCAUUGCCUUCUUUCUUUCCUUUUGUUUACUUGGAAGGAAUAUUCUUA